AUGAGCCUUGGUCUCAACGAAAAGGGUUCUUACUCGACCAAGCGUCUCAGGGAUCAGAAACUUUGGCGGAGGCUGCGGUGGUGCUGUUACGUACGGGAUCGGAUGAUAGCCAUUGGCACGAGAAAACCGAUGCAUUUUGCGGACGACCAAGUACGGAUUCCUGCGCUUAGCCUUGAUGAUUUCGAUCUGGAAACUCCUUCAACUGCUAUGACGCGAAUUCAGGACGCCUUUACCAUGAUAGACUACGAUUGCAGAGUUGCCCUAGCCAAGAUGUUCAUGGCCAAAGUGAAGCUCCUCUCGACGGUGGGCCGAGUGCUCGAGAAGCUUUACCUUCUCCGAUCAAUCAGGGGUCCCAACACCGGACCGAGGAUGUUCUACAAUCCGAAAGUUUCAAACUUUGACCUGGAAGGAUUUCUCAAACGAGCAAAUGAACUUGACGAAUAG